UAUGAUUCAAUGCUCUCUGCACAUAGCCUUUCUCUUUCAGUAGGUUGUGUGAGUGAGUGAAUGAGUGUGAGUGUGUGUGUGUGUGCAGGGGAGAAGGGGGUGGGUUUGGCUACAUUGGCUAAAAUAUUUUCAGUGGCGACUAGAAAACGUGAUCCAGCUUGCAGAGGCACUGCAGCGGAGACUGCAGAGAGAAAGGGAGGGAGUGAGGGAGAGAGAGCGAGAGCAAGAGAGCAAGAGGGGGAGGAGAAAGCAUCAAGACAUUUUCAGGUCGAGAGAGAGAGAUACAUAUAAGUUACAUACGGUGAGAGAGAUGUAAACAGAGUAUCCGUGAGCCCGUGUGUGUGAGUGUAUGCACAGAGGCACAUUGACAGAAGCUGAGAAGGAGAACGGGAGCAAAGACGGCACUGAGGGAAAGACAACAACAGAGGAGAAUAAAAGAAGAAAGGAAGGAAGAAAGACAGCAGUAAAUACCUGACGACCUGAGGCUCCUAUUGAGACCAAAUAGGAAGAUAGAAAGAGAGAGACAGAAGAGAGGAGGAGAGGAAGAUACCCAGAGACACAUCACAGAAUCACAAGUAAUUACACAACCUCUUUGGCUGACUGACAGACCGAGAGAAAGGAGGAGGGAUGGAGAGAGAGCCGUUAACAACCGCUGGGCCACACCACAGAGGAAAGGGAGAGAGGGAGGGAGUGUGAAGGACGAAGGGAACAGAGGAGGAGAAGAGGAGGAGGAGGAGGGCUCCACCACCAGCCUCUGUCCUCCAUCACUGUGGCUGAAGGAAGGAGUGACGCACCCACCCUCUGACAGCUCAGGCUCCAUCUUACUUUCCCUUCUUUCAUCUUUACCUUCCUCCCUCCACCUCUAUCAUCUAUCCUCUCAGGGUCUCAGACAGGAAUUAGCACCUUGUCUCCUUUGCUCCUCUCCUCCUCCUCCUCUUCUUCCUCCUCCUCCCUUACGGCAAAACAUCCUCUAUUCUGCUUUCAGAUGCAUGGGCCAUUACACGCACAGUGAAGCUCUACCCUGUAACAAGACUAUGUAAUUUCACAACACAGGACAGACAGUAUAUCUAGGACAGUAAUCUCCAAAAGCAAAAACAAAAGCAACAACACACAGAAAGAAGCAGGCUUGGCAAGGUGGUUGGAGAAUUGGGAGGACCAUAUGACAGGACUGACCAGCAACACAGGUAAUUGAGCCAAAGAUGAUAACAGUCACACCAUCUGACAGUCUGAGGUCACUGCUGUCACUCUGAACCUCUGAGGGACAGACACACAGACCGUGAUGAAGAAAGGACCUCCCUGGAGACCUUUAUCAGCCGACUAGUGGGAGGACUCCGUUUGAAAGUCAAGCACCCCUUCACUCCCUCCUUAGAGAAAUUCAGGACGGGUGUGUUUAAGGGCAGCGGAGUCAUUCCAAGAGCCUUCCAUUGUCUCUGAUACACCUCGCCAAAAAUAACUCCGCCUUAUGAGACCCCAACCAAGGGGACCAAAGGUCACAAAACCAUAUUCAACCAAAAGCACACAGCAGAGAGAGGAAGAGAGGAGGUUCCAGUCUGAGUGUAUACAGGUUGUUCACACAUACAUUCACACACUAGGCUGUUCCACAGCCUCAGCUAGAAACAGGAACAAAGUGCUGGUUUCAGCAGCAACCACCUAGAAACAAGCCAGGCCCAAGCCCUGUUUGCGUCAGUUUCCCCUGACAAGCCACAGGAUGCUGUGUGAGACAAUACAGACUGAACUACUACUGAACAGCCCCUGCUGCUUGAGCUCUCCAUUUUGAGAGAGUAGAAUUCUUCACAACCCUGUAAUGUUAUGUGAGCAUCUAUAUAUUAUGUACAUAUAAGAUUAUUUAUUGGUGUUAUCACUGAAAACAUAUCAUUUGUGCUGAUGUGUUGAGACCUGUCUGUUGUUCAGCUGCUAUUGUGGUUGAAUAUUCAGCACAUAUCUUUAUUGUAUAUCUAAGACUGCACAGAGUAGUUUUAAGCGGACUAACUACCAGGCUCGGACUGUUAUCCCUGUCUAUCAGUAGUGUUAUUAGAGGACAGUGUUUCUGUCUAAUAGGGAUCUCUUCUUCACUGCUCCAGGUUUGAGGGCUCUGGCUUUAGUCCUCAGUCCUUCUGUCCCACAUAAAGACUCAGGGUAACAGCACAACAGACGUGGGAACAAUGGACAGAAUCAUACGUCCCCACGUCCCCUCUAAUGGCUGACUUUGACACCCCCAGGUCACUUCAGAGCCCCGACUUACUCCCAGCUCAAGCCAGGGGCAUCGCCCGCUAAACCAGCCACAGCACCCCCUCUUUAAAAAAGACACAGACACCCAAAUACGCUUAAUGUCCAUGUCCUGCCUCAGGCGACAGCCUGUGACCAUCCCCAUGGAUACCGUCAAGAUCAUCCAGUCAGAGAAGUUCCCCCGGGAAUGCCCGGUGCCUGUCACCCAACCUCGCUUCGCCCCUCCCCCGCGGGUGGCAUGGGACGGAGGGGGAGAGGGAGAGAUCAUAGUCAAUCAGGCGUGCAGUGACCUAGCCCUGGACAUGACCUGCAGGGAUCUUGCAAUGGAGGUGACCUGCACUGAACUGGCCACCACCAGACCCAUGGUCUCAUCUCCCCCAGCCCCCAUGGGCCGCAGGGAGAGCUACCUGGCCCAGCGCAAAGCCAGCGCCGCAGAGAUCUGCUACCAUCAGUUCCACUACAAGAUGGAGGACGUCAUAGUCAACCAGUACGUGCUGCGUUCUUCUUCAACGUCCUCCUCCACCUCCUCUUCCUCCUCGGGUCCCGUGAUGCCCUGUGAACCCCUAGACUGCCCCACCUGCGGCCACACCUACAACUUUACUGGCAAGCGCCCUCGCAUCCUCUCCUGCCUACACUCGGUGUGUGAGGAGUGCCUGCAGAUCCUCUACGAGUCCUGCCCCAAGUACAAGUUCAUCUCGUGCCCCACGUGCAGGCGUGAGACGGUGCUGUUCACAGACUAUGGGCUGGCUGCCUUGGCCAUCAACACCAGCAUCCUGAGCCGGCUGCCCUCUGACCCCAACGGCCCGGUGCAGUGGGGAGGGGAGGCCGACCGGAGUUGCUACCAGACGGUGCGCCAGUACUGCCAGUCAGCCUGCACCUGCCAGAUCGCCAACCCCCUGUCCUCCUGUGGCAUCAUGUAGAGACCUAGGCAGGGGCCAAACUGGUAUGACUUAACCCUGCCCUGCCUCUUAUAUUCCACCUACCCUUCUCCUCUCUCUCUCGCAUACAUACAACCCCACACAGAUGUAUCUCUAGAUUUAAUAUUACAGAUGGAUGCUGUCUGGGUCAAAUGGAUCGUGAAGGACACCGCUUGCAGACGAAAGCAGGGAAAUGGCAAAUAAAUGUAUUUUAUGUAUGAACUGUGAAUCCUAUUCCCCCUCUCUUGUUCGGAUGUGUUUGUGUUUGACAUCUCUUUACAUGGGAAUGCUAUAGGGGAGGCCUAUCCCCUCAACCGAGGUAAAUAAAGAAUAAACAAAUUAUAAAAAAUAAAAAAAACACAUUGCUGUUUGUUCUGAA